AUGAUACGUAGGCAGAAGAUCUUCUCUGACUAGAAUUCUUGAUCCCUCUAUUGAGAAUCUCCGUUACUCUGCUUUCCAAGCCACACCCAUUACUCCCAACAAACCCGGCCAGGAUUCUCUCUCUGUCUCUCUCUCUGUGAUUUGCUUCAGAGGUAAGCCUUUGGAGGAAAUACACCAAGUAAAACUAGGCCUAAUUAAAAUAUUUAGCAUACCAUGGCAGAGGAAGACAUCUAUACACAGGAUGGUACUGUGGACAUCCAUAAGAAUCCUGCUGACAAGAGAAAGACUGGACAUUGGAAAGCAUGCCGGUUUAUUCUUGGAAAUGAAUGUUGUGAGAGGUUGGCAUACUAUGGUAUGGGCACCAACCUGGUGAAUUAUCUGAAGCAGCGUCUCAAUCAGGGAAAUGUCACAGCCUCCAACAAUGUCACCAAUUGGUCAGGGACCUGCUACAUCACACCAUUGAUUGGAGCCUUUCUUGCUGAUGCAUACUUGGGAAGAUAUUGGACAAUUGCUGGUUUCUCAGUCAUCUAUGUUUUUGGGAUGACACUCUUAACGUUGUCUGCUUCCGUCCAUGGACUAGAGCCAUCAUGCGAUAAAAACAGUUGCCACCCAACAAAAGCACAGACUGCAGUCUUUUUCAUAGCACUUUACUUGAUCGCUCUUGGGACUGGUGGAAUCAAGCCAUGUGUCUCUUCUUUCGGUGCUGAUCAAUUUGAUGAAACCGAUGAGAAUGAGAGGAAAAAGAAGAGCUCUUUCUUCAAUUGGUUUUACUUUUCCAUCAAUAUUGGUGCGCUUAUUGCUUCCUCAGUCUUGGUCUGGAUACAAAUGAAUGUGGGCUGGGGAUGGGGGUUUGGAAUCCCAGCAGUUGCAAUGGCCAUUGCAGUUGUGUCUUUUUUCUCAGGCAGCCGGUUGUACCGGAUUCAGAAACCUGGAGGGAGCCCUAUUACAAGGAUUUUCCAGGUUAUUGUUGCAUCCUUCCGGAAACAUAAUGUUGAAGUACCUGCUGAUAAGUCUCUUCUAUAUGAAACUGCGGAUGGGGAAUGUAAUAUCAAAGGAAGUCGCAAGCUUGAACACACUGACAAGUUAAGGUUCUUUGACAAGGCUGCAGUGGAGACCCAAACUGACCAAAUUAAGGGCUUGUCAAACCCAUGGAGACUCUGUUCAGUGACACAAGUAGAAGAGCUCAAGGCCAUUAUCCGGCUGCUACCAGUAUGGGCAACUGGAAUAGUCUUUGCAACAGUUUACAGUCAAAUGAGCACCAUGUUUGUUUUACAAGGCAACACAAUGGAUCCACACAUGGGUCCUCACUUCGAAAUUCCGGCAGCAUCGCUCUCCAUCUUCGACACACUUAGCGUGAUCUUCUGGGCUCCGUUGUAUGACCAAAUCAUCGUCCCAUAUGCGAGGAGGUUCACUGGCAAUGAAAGGGGCUUCACCCAGCUCCAACGAAUGGGCAUUGGCCUUGUCAUUUCUAUUUUCUCCAUGGUCACUGCAGGGAUUCUGGAGAUUGUUCGGCUCGACAUUAUUAGGAGGAACAAUUACUAUGACCUCACCUACAUUCCCAUGUCAAUUUUCUGGCAAGUCCCACAGUAUUUUCUCGUUGGAUGUGCAGAAGUUUUCACUUUCAUUGGACAGUUGGAGUUUUUCUAUGACCAAGCACCUGAUGCUAUGAGAAGCUUGUGCUCAGCUCUGUCUCUCACAACUGUGGCAUUGGGGAAUUACUUGAGCACUCUGCUCGUAACAGUUGUGACAAAAAUCACCACAAAGAAUGGGAAGCUUGGUUGGAUUCCAGAUAAUCUGAACAGGGGCCAUCUUGAUUACUUCUACUGGCUCUUGGCCAUUCUCAGCCUGCUCAACUUCUUGGUCUAUCUCUGGAUUGCUAGGUGGUAUACAUACAAGAAGGCCACAGGGCGUGCUCACUGAGAAGAUGAAUGUUAGAAGAUGAACAAAGUAUCCUUCCAAAUUAGGUUGUAGGUCGGAGGAAUUUUCUCUGAUUCAGUCUAUUAAACUGAGUGCAUAUGAGAACUACAUAUGUUUUAGAUACAUGUCAGUUUAAUAAACUGAAUUAGAAAAAAAAAAAUUCUAACUCAAUUUGAAAAAAAAAUAAACUUUGUCCAAAGUUGAAACCUAGGAUAAGUGUUUGUAAAUAAUGUUGGUAUUGUUUUGUUAAUUCCUACAUAAAUUUCAAGUGUUUGUUAAUUCU